GUCGUCCAAGAGACAAUUCGACAACGAUAAAUCGAAAGAACGAACUCGAGCGAACCAUUAAACUCUCUCGUCUUGUUGCAAGUCUUUUCUAACUUACCUUCUUGCUACACCUUCUGCUUUUAUUAUCAAAGGCGUGAUAUCUAUAUAUAUAUAUAUAUAUAUAUAUAUAUAUAUAUAUAUAUAUGAGACUUACCGAUUAAGACUGAGCAAUCACCUAAAUGUAGCUGCUCUGCUCGAAAUUUGUAGCGAAAGAAAGAGAAGGAAUUGAUAAGUUAGUGAUGAGGUAGAAGUUCCAUUUCGCGAGACGGCGGAGGCCGAGGCUCGAAGGACCGCGAAAGUACCGCACGGAAUCGUCAUCUCCUCGCUAUUGUGGAUGUAUUUUUUUUUUGUAUUGAAAGAGCUGCACGCGCGGGUAUAUUCGUUAUUUUCGAUAUAACAGACAAAAUUAUUAUCGAUGGCAUUGCAUGGUGCGUCACAGCGGAAGCACACACAUACAUGUACACGCAGUGGUCGAUUUUAUAUUUAUGUAAAAAUCAUAUUUUAUAUAAAACGGGCUAUUGUACUUUUUUAAUAUUUCGUAUACAUCGCAUUGUCAUUCCGAUAAAAUUAUUACAAGGAAUAAAAAAGAAAUAAUUUGUACAAAAGCUUGUCGGUGUUCAUGUUUUCUCGAUUCCAAUUGUUAUCAACUUAGCGUAUAAUUAGUCAUAUUGAAUUACAUGAGAAUUUUACUACAUUAAUAAUUUUCUACGUAAAAUCCUUUUUAUACAAUUUUUGAUUAAUAUUCUAUAAUCUAUAAAAUUGAAUUUUUUUAUUAAUUACACAUUGCUGUAACAGGAUUAAUGAAUAAAAUAAUGAAUGUUGAUAUUACAUGUGCAUAAACUUUUUGUAAAGGAAAAUUGAGAAAAUUGGGAAAGAUAAGUUAUGUUGUUUGCCUUUAAAAUUAUUUUUUAAUUACUUUCAUAAAUUUGUUUAUAGAUAUAACAAUAAUAUUUGCGAUUUGCUCUAUCCAGAACAGAUCUAUUUUACUAUAAUAUAUUUUACUGAAAAAUAAGAAAUUACAGUUUAGUAUUUGAUAGAUUUCGAAGAAAAAAUAACGAACAUUGUGAGACAGAAGAAAUUUUGCAAUGUAAAAGUAAUCAAUAUUUAAAAUUCGCGCUCUUAGAAAUGAUUGACAUUUAAGGUGCUAUUUCAUGCUGACGCUCGACGCUCAUUUUUAGCGUCAAAACAGAUCACGUGAUCAAAAUUGACCAUUAUCCAGCAUUAAUUUUGAUCACGUGACUUGUUUUGACGCUAAAAAUGAGCGUCAGCAUGAAAAAGCACCUUAAUUCGGUUCUCUGUUUUGAAGAGAAAAUAUACGUAUUGAGCCUUUAUUUACUUUCUCUUUUGCGAGAAAACAUUCGUCAACUAUCCGACAGAGGGAGGAAAAUAUUAGAAAAUGAUUGCGAAUAUUACGAAGAUUGACACGCUCGUUAUUUUUUUGUAAUAAAUCUCUCCAAAACACCGCCGACUUAAUUUGCGCAUCUAAUGUAUUAAUUAAUACAAAAAUAGAUACGCUUGGCGCAUCUAUGGGAUGCUCCCUCUAUAAUGAAUCUGUGCUUGGGGAUAUACAGAUCAAUCGAUAUAACCAUUGUCGAUAUCGAUCAAUCGCUCGUGUAAUUAAUGCUUACGCACAUAAACACGACAGGUGGCGAUAUUAGAAAAAGCGCAUGCGAAGAAGAGGGUGAAAAGGAUAACCAGCAUUACCACCAUUGCAUUUGAAAAGUCAAGUGGCCGUUUCACACUCAUGUCAAUGGCGUCCUGUCCAUCUCGAAGUGCAGAUAAGGAGGUAAGGGAAAUGUCUAACGAUUUCUCGCGGAACCGAUUGUCUUAGCUUUCCCGGCAAUUCCGGGAAAACCUGACGAGCUCCUCUAAGAAAGAUAUCAUCGAAAAUGACGUAAUUUUACUACUGCGAAUUUUGUACAUUCAUGAUUCUUGGAAAGCUUUCUGAAAAUUUUUCGGACUUCGUGAAGUUCGUUAAAUCUGCCGACGAUGCGCGAUGAUGAUGCCGUCGGCGAUCUAUCGGUGAUCCUCUCAAUGCGACCACGCUUCUUUGUCUUCGCUAUCGCGUUAUCUUGUUUCUUAUCGCAGGAUCUGUUCUCUCCGGCUACUCUGUAGAUUCGUGUGUACUUGUAAUUUUUCCUUGUUUCUUCUCGAAUGUGUACACACCUGCUUCUACACCUAUUUCAUUUGAAGUGUCAAAAGUGUCACGUGGUGCAAUUGGGGACGGUCCCUUUGUUAACGCGAUGUUACGGCUGUGGAUACUUUUCUUCCUUCACGCACAAUUUUCCAUUGUCCGAAAUUGACCACCAUUAAUUAUACCGCGACAAAAUGAGGCUGUAAAACUCCACCAAUCGUCUCAGUAACACAAUAACAUUCCAGUAGCACGAGAGAGAUACAACAGGGGAGAAAAUACAACAGUGCAUAUAAAAAGCUUGACUCUUUUCUCCUUCAAAGUAAUAAUCAGUCGGGAUAAAUAUAUGCAGUGCAUCGAAUUGAGUCACGUAGAGAUAUCACCCAGAAGAAAAAUGUCGAAACGAAUGCAGGAGCCAGUGGACCAGUGGCUGGGAAAAGAGGGUUACUUCCGCAAGCCUACUCCUAGAGAUCCUACUUGUUUAUUCAGAGCGAUCAGUGAACAGGUGUAUUACACGCAAUAUUAUCACUUGAGGGUGAGAAAGGAGUGUACGACAUUUAUGAUGAGGAAGAGACACUUGUUCGAGAAGUUCAUAACGGUGCCAUUCGAUCAUUACUUGAAAGAGAUGCAGUGCUUCACGGAAUGGGGUGGACCAAAUGAGAUUCGCGCCAUGUCCCUGCUUUAUCACAGAAACAUAAUCAUAUUUGUCGGGGAGAAACAGAUGUGUGAGACCGUCGUUAGGACUGACUUUAAAAAAGGCGACAUAUUGCUCUGCCGUACGAACACGAGGCAGUACGAAUCCGUCUACCCAAUAUCUUUUGUUCAGACAGCUGCUUAUUGUCAAUCUCUUGUUUAUGAAGUUGUAUAUAAAGAUAUCUUUAAAAUGCCCAAUAUAACGACCGUCGCCGAUAAAAUGCUGCGUAAUCGAAGUUCUACGUUCAGGCACGACAGAUUUUUUCAGAAAGGAAAUCUUGGCAUCAGAGAGCAAUUGACUGUAGAUUUAUACAAUAAAAUAAAACAUGAAUCUAAUGAUACAGACGAAGUGCAGUGCGCCUGGAAGGGAAUACCGCCCAUUCCGUACAAAGUUGCAAAAGCAUUGGCUCCCGAUUACUACCGUAACAUAGAGUUGGAUAUAUGGUGCGAGUUAAAGCGAGAAGUAAAAAGCGCAGGGUGGAGCAAGUAUAACAGUAACGAACUUCAAGUUGGUGGUAAAUGUCUGAUAGAGAUCAGCGUGAACGAGCUGGAACAGUUUGACAGAAAUCACAAGAACAAUCGUCUCAAAUCGUUGGAUUAUAAUAUUAGCGAUAGUAACAACAAGAUUGUGCAACAACAAUUGAAACAAGGACUCUUCCGUCUGUGCGGUUACAUACAAGAAAUAAGUACGGAUAAGGAACCGGUGCUAGUCUUUAUCGAAGACCUGGGGGAGAAAAAGCUCGUGCCAUAUAGUGCAUUAAAGCCAUUUCCUGUAACGAGGAGAAAUAAGCAAAAGAAUUGGACACCAAUGAAUAGAAAUCACGCAGUCAAUUCCGAUUCAAGUCGACGUUGGAAGAAAACAUCUACUUCAUUCUCGCGGAAAAAGAAAGAUACCACAGGCUUGGCGAAUGUAACAGCAAAUAAUACAAUUAAAAAUGUAUUAAUAAAUAAUGCCAAUGACGAUAGUAUUAAUAAUAACGUUGACAAUAAUAAUAUUGACGCUAUUAGAACCGUCUCGAACAUUGACAGCGACAAAAAGCCUAAAGAAGAACCAUAUCAAACGUCAGAAAAUAAGAUGGAAACUGGUUCGAAACACGCGACGAAUGACGAAGCCAACAACAACGUGCCUGUCGCGUUUGACAAUUUACAAACUACAGUGUCGAACAACGUGCAACAGGCUGCGGAUGAACGUAAGAAAGCGGACGUAAUAUUUAGAAACAAAAAUACAAGAUCAAGGGAGACGAAAAAUCUUGACCAUGGUUUUCAAAGUUCCGUCUCCAAGCAAAAACCUGCAGGCGAGAGUACACCUUACACACCUUACGAUACAAACUCGCAAAUAAACACGAACAGCAAUGCAAACAUAUUUUACAUUACACCAGAUGGAUUUUAUCCAUAUGCACCAGGAAAUUUUGGAGACCAUAACACAAAUCAAAUGGAUCCUUCAUUUGCCUCAAGAUUCUUCUAUAAUUUACAUCUGCUACAUUUGGAGGAUUCCGUCCGUAAUUUAAAUCCAGCUUAUUGUGGCGCUAUGCCGUACGGACAAGGUCAAGGCGUACAAACCUUAGUAGAGCCACCAAAUGCUCACACGAACAAUAUCCCAUCUGUGGAAGAAAGCAUAGACUGCCUUGUUUCCGGGAUGCAAAACUGUUCGUUAUACGAUGGAUCAAACAGCGAAGUCUCCAAAACUUCAGGCGCAAGCGAUCCACAAAAUAGCAAGCAGUUCAAGCAAGGGUCGUCAAAAAGCAACGGGAGAGACUUGUACCAGGUUAUGCAGAAAACAAAACAGCCUGGAAACAUUAAAAGUAACAAGCCGCGCGGCCGACCACAGAACUUCCGUGGGUCGGCGUACGCGCAACAUUCCGGCCAACAGUCGUACAGCACAAUGUCGAGCAAUCCCGGUGGCUCGUACGACGCGCAACGACACGACGUGUGCGCGCUACCACCGCAGCACCACUUGGACUCCUCCACCACGUGGACUCCGCAUCAGGCGACGGCCAUGACACCCGCCAACUCGUCAGGUGCUUACAUGCCCCAGUACGCUACCGCUGUUUAUUCUGCCAUGCCCUAUCACGAACUACUACCGCCGCAUUGUGCUGGCGAGGGUAACAUGUACUACUCGGGGAAUUUCUCGUGGAAUCCUAGUUACAUGCCCGUGCCAUGUUUGCCACCGCAGCACGUCGACAGCGCGAUCGAGAGCGCGGCUAUGCCGUCGUAUCCGCAGCACGCCUACCCGCUGACCGAAACCUACCCCCCUACUAAUCCAUCGGCUGGCUAUCCGCAAACGACCAGCCAGUCGAUGGUAUAUCCACAGCCGAUGAUGUAUCCGCAGCCAAUACAGUACGCUCUGCCACCAUUGCCACCGCCACUGCCGCCGCCACACGUGCAGGAACAAUGGAACUCGUGUAUGGGACAACAAUCUUACAUGCAAUACCCCGUUCCACCCCCACAAACGAUCGAGCCACCCUCUGCCGCGCAAAACGUCAUGCCGCAUAACUCCCUUUAAAUUACUUAGUCGCGCAAGAAUAAAUGAGACAAAAUUUAUCAUACUAUUCGCAAGUAACCGUAGCAGUUUAAAGUAACGUAAAAGUAGUUAGACUGAACUUGAAUAUUCUGAUAGAGCAAACUGACUUCAACAAAUAAGGAAACGACUUAUUCUAAGAGAUAAAACAAGAGCAAAGAAAGAACUUGGCGAGGAAAGAGCAGCCAAUUGCGAUUCGUUCUUCUAACAUUUUUCGUUAGAAGUCGACGAGAUCGUUCAACGAGAUUGACCCUCCUGUGACUUCCGUGUUUUCCUGCACGAAAUUACGUGCGAUAUACAGGACAUUGUCAUCAAAUGUCCAGGAUAUAGUCAUACUUUUGUAUGUUACAUGUUGUACGCGAGACGGAUUUAUAACGGUGUUAUAUGUAAAUUGACGAAUUUGUCAGCUGGUUCAUAAUAUUACUAAAAUGCAGAUCACCACUUGUGUACAUUCAAAUGCCAACUGAGCUUUCAUAGGUUUAAUUUAAAUUGGGAAACAGCACACUUAAAAUAUUUUCUCUCAGGACUUGGACGUUACCUUUAACGAAUAAUGUGAGUAGCAGCAAGACAGUUUAUCCAUUGACAAAAAGACGACUCUACGACGGUCGCGCAAUGGCAGAUCCAUGGACUAUAAAGUGCCUACUCUUUCUUUAUAUUUACCUCUUAGAAUAGAAGUUAUCAGUAAAUUAUCAUGGCUGUUAUAUAACUCUAAGAUAUAAUUGUUUCAGAGAGUACCUGAUGUAAAAUAUUACUAUCCAGAGUACUUAAGAGAGAAUAUAUAUACACACACGUUAAGAUAUUGUAAUCUCUAACGUAAAGUUUCUACGUAGCGUUUAUACUUAGUUACCAUUUAUACAAUUUUUUACUUAUAAAAUUAAUCUUUCUACAGCUUUUGUUAUAAAGACUUUUGCUAAUAAACGAGCGCAGACACAAGUUAAA